ACGUCACUGAUUCAUUUCUAGAACCACGUCUUGGUAUUCGUAUCGUAUCAGUUUGAGUCAUAGAACAGUUUUGGUUGAUUGAUAAAUUAUUCUGUGGUAAUAGACUCCUCAUACCGAGGCAACGGUCGGAAAAAAUUGUUUAUUUAUGUUCCUCGUGCUUAUAAAAUUAAUCUAUUUUUAGUGGUUAUCCAAUUUAAACAUCAAAAAACGAGAGUUGCGUGUGGUAAUAUACUUAUUCAUACAGGAUGGAUUUUCAAUACUCUACAUUUUAAAAAUUAGAUUAUUGAUGUAAUCCCGCCAUGUUAUACGUAAUAGUAACGGCCCGUAGUCUAUUAUGGGUACUUACUAGUCUUUUUUCUACGCUCCUAAUGCUCAGUGCCUUUCUAAGCCCUUCAUGGCUUCUAUCGGCACCCGAAACUGUUUAUUUUGGUAACGAAACUGUCACUUAUAGACCGAGCGUAGGUGUUUAUGCUAAAUGUAGUAAACCCAUCGGAUUUGAGUAUCCCGUGUGUACACUUUUAGCACUUAGAGGAUUAGCUACAGAAUCUUUUAUUUACCCCACACCAUGGAAAGCCGCUACGGUAUUUUUAGCGUUAGGCUUAUCAAUUAUGUCUCUUACUGUAUGUACUGGUCUACUGAGUUGCUGUUUUCAAAGUAUAUUCAAGAAAAGUAUAUUCAACGUAUCUGGAGCGGCACAAGCAAUUGCAGGAAUUUGUUAUAUAAUUGGAGUUAUGUUACACCCUAUGGCUUGGGGUAGCGAAAGAGUACAAAAACUUUGCGGUAGAGAAACAUCCGCAUUUUAUCCCGAUAAAUGCAGUAUAGGAAUAGGACUUUGGUUAGCUAUAAUAGCGACAGUACUAACUUUCGUUUGUUCGUGUUUAUCUCUACCAGCUGAAAAAUCUACCAGCAGUGAUAAAGUCCAAGAUAAAAUUUACGAAGGGCAGACUUUGAUAUGUUUGACAUAAAUAUAAAGAACCAAAUGUUGCCGAAUACGGACCUGCACAAGAAGAAAUUAUUUUGAAUACUCUAUCAUUAGAUAAAAAUAUAUCGAAACUUUAUUUUUUUUUCUUCACGUUGAAUGAAAACUAAAAGUUACUGAAUACGGAUCUGUUCUAAAAGAAAUUAUUUCUAAUAAUUUUCACAUUUAUUAUUUUAUUUGUUUUUUUUUCUAUGUUUAAUACGUUUAAUGAGAACCAAAUAUUGCCGAAUACGGACCUGCACCAGAAGAAAUUAUUUUGAAUACUCAUCAUUAUAUAAAAAUAUAUCGAAAGUUUAUUUUUUCUUUCGUCACGUUGAAUGAAAACCGAAAGUUACUGAAUACGGAUCUGUUCUAAAAGAAAUUAUUUCUAAUAACUCUCACAUUUAUUAUUUUAUUUGUUUUUUUUCUAUGUUUAAUACGUUUAAUGAGAACCAAAUAUUGCCGAAUACGGACCUGCACCAGAAGAAAUUAUUUUGAAUACUCAUCAUUAUAUAAAAAUAUAUCGAAAGUUUAUUUUUUCUUUCGUCACGUUGAAUGAAAACCGAAAGUUACUGAAUACGGAUCUGUUGUAAAAGAAAUUAUUUCUAAUAAUUUUCUCAUUUAUUAUUUUAUUUGUUUUUUUUCUAUGUUUAAUACGUUUAAUGAGAACCAAAUAUUGCCGAAUACGGACCUGCACCAGAAGAAAUUAUUUUGAAUACUCAUCAUUAUAUAAAAAUAUAUCGAAAGUUUAUUUUUUCUUUCGUCACGUUGAAUGAAAACCGAAAGUUACUGAAUACGGAUCUGUUGUAAAAGAAAUUAUUUCUAAUAAUUUUCUCAUUUAUUAUUUUAUUUGUUUUUUUUUCUAUGUUUAAUACGUUUAAUAAGAACCAAAUGUUGUUGACUACGGACCUGUACCAGUUGAAAUUAUUUCUAAUACUGAUUUAUUAGAAGAAAUGACUUUUUAUAUUUUAUUUUCUGCUGAAAGGUGAGAAAUGAGUGCCUUUAUAGUAAACAUAUCUUGAAAAUUGUCAACUUAUUACACCACAAAUGUUCAAUAUUUCAUUUUCAUUAAUUUAAUGAAUUCACGAGAUUUUUAUUUAUAUUAUUUCGGCAAUACACAGUUACCGAGACGAUUCAAGUACGAGACAAUCGACAUUAAAGUAUCAAGUUUACAAACUAAGUCAGAACUACUCGAUUCAUGGUGUGGAACGUGCGCAGAGUACACCAUAGAGAAAUGAUUGGUAUUCAGAAUUGUUAGGCGCUACUACUAUGGUGUAGCUUCCUUCGAUUCAAACCACAGACCAAUCAAAAAUACGUCGAAUUAUUACUAAAAAGUCAAUCUUGAUUCAAUCAUCAAAACUUUUUAAUCGUAAAUUCGGUUUGGAUAAAUUUUAUACAGAAUACGUAUAUUUGGAGUAAAAAUGAAUAUUUCGUGAUCAAUAAUAUCGAUUAUAUUUCGAUAUAUGGAUUUUUUUCUGCCAAGACGAGAGAACGUACUCUCGCUCUCGUGUAGUCUCGGUUUAUUUCGGCAAGUGUGUACUGCCGACAUUAUAAUUUCCCAUGAAUGUGAUAUUUUUUAAUUUUCAUAAAUUAUAGGAAUUUUUUUUAAAUAAUUUUUUUUUACUACUUUUUGUAUAAACCAAAUAUUUGAUAUGUACUUAUAUUAUUCUCAAAUUGGAAAAAAGGCUUUAAAUAUAUAUUAUUAUAGCUUUUCUACAUUUAUCGUAUCUUAAAAAUUUAUACACGUUCGUUUUAAUAUAAAAAAUGUGGUUAUACUCACA